AUGUGUUUAGACAGCAAUACACAACUUUCCGGUUUCAAAAAAUCAUGCGCGCGCAUCUUCAUAAAUGACGAAAUUCAUAAUGGUAGAAUUUUGUUCAUUAAAUUAGCUGUAAUGUCUCGACACUGUGCCGUAACAGGAUGUAAUAAUGGCGAUUAUUUAUUAACAAAAUGGCGUAAAUCAAUAUGCAACGUUCAUAAAGUAUGUCAUAGUGAAAGUCAAUGUUCUUGCGAACCACCUUUUACAUUGUUUCCAUUUCCAACUGAGAAGAAGGAUUGUAUGAUGAGGAAAAUCUGGCUACAGAUGAUAAAUCGUAUGGAUGCAGUAAAAAGGAACAAGUUGUGGUCUCCAGGAAAGUCUUCUAGAGUAUGUUCCAAACACUUUGUUUCACAAAGUCCUACUGAUAGUCACCCAUUUCCAUCAUUGCAUAUGGGUUACAAUUGUAAGCAAAAAGCUGAGACAGUUAUGCGUCAGAUAAAAUCUUCACAUAAAAUGGAAUCCCCUUUACAAGUUGCUGUUUCCACAUUAAAAAAUGCAAAGGAGAAAUACGUUACAGAGUUACAGAUUGCAUCACUAAUAGAAUUCACCAAGAAGGAAGCACAUUUAAUAAAUUCUGUUUAUAGUCUUCCAAUUUUUUCACAUAGUUAUUUCUACCUGCUCAAAAUGUUCCUGUUUUUGAGUAGUUAUUUACCAUUUUUCUGUAUUUUUGCAAAAUGUCGCACUGUUGAAAAUGCCCCGUCACAACAUAAACAGGAAAAGUUACUGUUGCAGCUGACUAUUAAAGCUCUUCUUAACAAAGUCAACAUUCUCAACAGGCUUAAUAAACAGCUGGAAGAGAAAGUAAAAAACUGUACAUGCAAGAAACCUGUUAAUGAGCUGCUAUUAAAUUCUGAUGAAGAUGUUAUGUUUUAUACUGGAAUUACUUCCAGAAUAUUAUUCGAUAAACUAUGUUCGUAUAUUACACCAUAUGUCAAACGUAAAUGGAGAGGACUUAAAGAAACCAAUAUUACCCUAGUUAGAAAAUAUAAAAGGACACCAAAUAAAUCUGGUCCUAAACCAAAGUUAUGUGUCAAAGAUGAAUUCCUGUUAAUGCUAAUGAAAAUUAGGCUUGGAUUAUUAGGGCAAGAUUUAGCUCAAAGAUUUGGUAUUUCUGCUACUAUAUCUAGUCGCAUAUUUGCAACUUGGGUAAAAGCAACAGCAAGUGUAUUGAAAUCAUUUGUUUACUUUCCUGAUUAUGGACAUAUUGCUGCUACAAGACCUCCAAGAUUCAGAGAUGUUCAAAAUCUUCAUUCAAUAGCUGAUGGUACUGAAAUAAUCAUUCAGACCCCCAAAAAUCAUAUAGCACAACGGCAAACCUGGUCUAGUUACAAGCACCAUAAUACUGCUAAAAUAUUGGUUGUAGUUCUACCUAAUUCUCAUAUAGCAUUUAUAUCCAAAGCAUAUAGUGGUUGCAUUUCUGACAAAGAAUUAACAAUACAAUCUGGAUACUUAGACUUUGUUGAACCAUAUACAGAUGUAAUGGUUGAUAAAGGAUUCAAUAUUGCUGAUGAAUGUGCAGCUCGCUGUAUCAAUAUAAUUGUUCCACCAGGUAAAAGAGGUCAGAGCCAAAUGUCACAAGCAGAUGUUAGAAAAACCACUAAAAUUGCAAAGUUGCGAAUUCUGGUUGAACAAGUUAUUUCUCGUUUGAAAAAGUUUCACCUCAUUGCAAAAGAAGUUCCUAUAACUCUUUUAUGCCACUUAGAUGACAUCAUUAUAAUUUGUGCAGCCUUAUGUAACCUCAAAAAGCCGAUAUAUGGAAAGUAA